AUGUCGGAAGAAGAAAUGAGCAAGGAUUGGCUGUUCUCAGAUCAAGAACAAGAUCUGGAAGAAUGUGAGAAGAAUAACACCACUAUAGAAACUCCAUUUGAUCCAAUCUAUUCCUUGUAUUAUUGUGGAAAUGAACCCUGUGCAUUAACAACGAGCGAUGAUCUCGACAAUCGGUUCGGAGUGAUCACUUUCAGACCUUCGGAAAUGAUUAAAGAAGCGUCUGCACGAAUAUUGGAUCUCUCAUGGUAUUCAGGAUUGGAAUCCAAUCAACCAUUACUAAUAUCUAAAAUCGUUUGUGGAGUCUUGACAAGAUAUAAAUUCAAGGAUUUAAUUUGUCCUGAAUCAGAAAAAAGCAAAUACCCAUUAGGGUAUCAUUUUGAAGUGAAGGAUAUUAUUUGUUCGAGUGCCUUACAAAUUAUUUUUGAAAUGUCUGACCUGUCAUUGUGGAUGUUACAUGUGAGCUCUAUGAAGUUAGAAAAAUUUGAAGUAACUUUUCGACACCAAAUCGAAGCUAUUGGAGCAGGAGUCAUGUCACAAAAUAUAGUCGUGGUUCCUUCUUCAUCAAAAUCAAAUUCAACCAGGCAAGCUUUGAUCAUUGGAGACCAAAAAUCGGUGGAUUCAAUUAACCUGACGCACACCAAUUCACCAGUUAAGCUUGUUUCUCAGUAUGCUUUUGAGUUGAUCAUAUUUGUGCAUCAGGACAACAAAAUUUAUAUUUAUUACUGUGGAUCUGAUUAUAACUAUGACACUGAUGGAUGUGGUUUUAUUGUACCUGCUUCUAAUACGAUGAUUUAUGUGAAAACUCAACUCGAAGAUAUGUGUCCUAUUUCUCAAAUUGCAUGUGGAUACUCGCAUGUUGUAUUAUUACUUGAAAAUGGAGACUGUUUUUGUAGAGGAUUGAAUAAUUUUAAUCAGUGCUUGAAAGAUAGUAUCAAGAGCGUUGAUGAGUUUAUUAGAUUCAAAGACAUUACAGAGCCCGUUCGUUCAAUUAGUUGCUGUUCAAUAUGCUCCAUUCUUACUUGUGACAACAAGUUUCAUUUCUUUGGUGAGAUUUCAAACUUUCCUUCGACAGGCACCAUGGAACGAGCAUUUCCAGAUCAAGAAGUGGCUGCUGCUGCUUGGCAUUGUUUCAUUUACAGAAACACAUUCCACAAAACAAGUAGGGAUCAGCUUUAUUUUGUCAAUAAUAUGAAAUUGUUUGGACGUAGCAAUAGUGAACGGUCACGCUUGUGUGAUAUUUUCAUUAUUGACCAAGAUUUGUGA